AUGAGUGAAGUACCUUCAGAAUUAAAAUAUGCAAAAUCUCACGAAUGGGUGCGCAUUGAAGACGAUGGCAUGAUGACGGUUGGUAUAUCUGAUCAUGCACAAGCUUUAUUGGGUGAUUUAGUAUUUGUUGAAUUACCAGAAGUUGGCACCGAGCUUUCUGCUGGUGAUGAAUGCUGUGUUGUUGAAUCAGUAAAAGCGGCUUCGGAUGUGUAUAUGCCGAUUAGUGGCGAGAUUAUGGAAAUAAAUGAAGCUUUAGCCGAUGAGCCUGAAAUUAUUAAUAGCGCGCCUUACGAUAAUGGUUGGUUAUUUAAAGUUCAGCCAUCUGCUGGGGAAGUAGAAGAUUUACUCGAUGCAGAAGCUUAUCAAGCUGAACUUGACGAGUAA